UACAAAGACGGAAACAUCAUCCUCGUCGCGCGCGAUGCCGAGUUCCGCGUCUACAAGGGCAUCCUAGCUGAACAUUCCCCGGUCUUCAGGGAUAUGUUCUCUUUGCCGCAGCCUCCAGAAGAUGUCUCCGGUACCGGAAACACGCCCUGCGAUAUUGUCCAUGUAUCGGACUCGCCCGAAGACCUGAGACACGUCCUGCGUAUAUACAUGGCGAAGAGCGAACCCGACCCCUUCUCGCCCGGGGCCCCCUCCUUUCACGCGAUCUCGGCCACAAUCCGGCUCGGGCACAAGUACCAAAUACCGCGCCUCGUCGACCACUCUGUCGCCUAUCUCAAGAAAUACUACACGGAAGACUUGGACACGUGGACGACCAACAACGGGCAAGGCCCGCCCGGGUUCACGCCGCGUCAUGCCAUCGGCGUCGUCAACCUCGCCCGUCUAACUGGAGAGACCUCCCUGCUGCCCACUGCCAUCCUCACAUGUUGUACCCUCGACGCCGACAUUGUGGGCGGGCUCGAGCGCGAGGACGGCUCGCGCGAGCACCUCUCGAUGGCCGACCUCGGGCUGUGC